GAUGCGGCCUACAUGAUCAUACGUGGGCUCAAGACAAUGGCGCUGCGCGUGGAGACCCAAAACCGGACGUCUUUGCGCAUAGCGCGCCUGCUCGAGAACCAUCCGAAGAUCGAACAUGUGUACUACCCUGGGCUCAAGAGCAGCCCGUGGCACCACAUCGCCGAGAGCCAGAUGACUGGUUUUGGCGGCGUCGUCAGCUUUGAAGUGGCGUCGGACCUGCAGGGCGUCAUGAGGUUCAUAGACGCGCUCGAGAUACCCUUCAUCGCAACAUCGCUCGGCGGGUGCGAGAGCCUCGUGCAGCAGCCGGCGGUCAUGUCCUUCUGGGGUCAGAGUGACGAGGAGAAGGCCAAGAAUGGGAUCAAGGAUAACUUGGUGAGGUUCAGUUUCGGGAUUGAGAAGUUUGAGGAUCUCAGGGAUGACAUUCUCCAAGCCCUGGAGAAGAUGUAGGACUAUUUUUUGAUGAACAAUUAAUUGUGUAGCGACUUUGAUAAAACUAGCUAGGUAGAAACCUUUCUGUAGAUAUAAUAGCCUAAUAGGUAGUUGACUUGCGCUAAAGUUCAGACACGGAUUC